GCAUCCUCUGCACACACUUCUCUCUCUACCGCUCGACCUCUUCCUCUCCACUUGCCUUUUUUCCGCUCCCACCCCUUUUAUUUAUUUCCUUUUCACCAUACUUCUCCUCCGCACCCUUUGUUAUCUACCGCAGAAGCAAAAGCUGCACCAGGAGAACCCCACGAGUCGACGUCUUCUUCGGUUACUUCGCCCUAUUUAAUUCGAUUCCUCUCUCGAUUCUCUUCUCCUAGGCCAUCUUUCACUUGCGGAUCUUUCCACGAUUGCUGACCGAGUCAUGGCGAUCGUCAAGAACAGCUUUAGGGCUUCGAGAAUGAACGGGUAUUUCUCAUCUGGAACUGUUUCAAGCGAAGAGGAUGAUGAGGGCUCCGCGUCGAUGGGGUCUUCCACCGACGGCGGUUCUGCUUCCGAUGCAGAUUCCGGCAUGGGUUCCGACGAGAUCGAUCUGUCCGAGUUUGGCGAGUCGGGGAUGGAGUUCUGCCAGGUGGGGAACCAGAGUUGCAGCAUCCCGCUGGAACUCUAUGAUCUUCCAGACCUUGGGGCGGUUCUGUCGAUUGAAACAUGGAACGAUUGUCUCACCGAGGAGGAGCGUUUCGCUUUGGCUGAAUAUCUCCCCGACAUGGAAUACGAGGGUUUUGCCCUAAACAUGAAGGAGCUGUUAGGUGGGAUGAAUUUUCAUUUCGGAAACCCUGUUAUGAAUUUCUUCAAUAGGUUGAAAGGUGGGUUUUUUGAACCGAGGAUUGUUCUUUACCGCCAAGGUUUGAAUUUGUUUAAGAGGCGACAAUACUAUCACUGGUUAAGAAAUCAUCAGGAUUCCAUGGUGAGGAAUCUUGUUCAGAUUAGAGACAUUUGGGUGAACUGCAAUGGAUAUGGUGUUGAAGAGAGGCUGCGAGUUUUGAACAUUUUGAAAAGAAAAAAGAGUUUGGGUUAUGAUAAGAAUGGGUAUUUGGGUUCUGAGAUGAAUUCUGAAAGCGGUGAUUCCAGCGAGGCCUACUGGAGCAAAAGGUUCACUAUGGACCCUCGAGCUAGAAAAUCAUCUCAGAAAGUUCCUUCUGAGGUUUUCUCUAAAGAUAGCAGGAUGAAUAUGAAACCGGUAAGGUUUGGGAAGGAAAAAUCCAAGGGGAUUUUGAAGGUUGCUGUCCCCAAGGGCUGUAAUAACAGUAAAGGAAGUAACUUUCCAUUGUUGUUUAAUAAUGGAACAGAGAAGAAAGCAGAAAUGCCCAGACUUUCAUAUGGUGUUCGUCGGAAAGAUAACCAUUCCGGCUUUGAUGCCAUUAAUGGCGGGGGAAGAGGUGGAGCUGAUGGGUAUUUUGAUGAACAGGUUGAUAAAUAUGGUGGGCAAGGUGAUUGGAAUGCUGGUAGCAGACUUAAAAUGGCCAGGUCUGGCUUGAUGAAAUCAAAAAAUAAGAAGCAUUUUCGGGAAGAGGACCCAGAAAUGUUACCUGAUUACCUUGGUGGAGUUAGAAGAUCUGAUCAGGAAGUUACCAUUGCUUCUUAUGACUAUGAUUCUGUUAGAACUGUGAAGAAACCGAAGCAUUCUGACAAGAACUUGAAGUACACGGCCAGUGAUGAGCUUCAGCAUCGAUUGCCCAAAUCCAAAGUAUCUGAGGGUCCUGCUAUCAUUCCCCACUCUAAGCAGCACAAAGUUUAUGAUGAAUGUGUUCCUCUCAACAAUUUUGAUAUGAAAUGGAAUGCUGGAGAUAAUCAUAGAUCUGGCUUUGGUUUGAAAGCAAAGUCUUUUAAAGUUCCUCCGGCAAUGAGUGAAACAUUCUUUCAACCAGAGUAUAGAACAAAAAAUUCGCAGGGUAAGCUGAUGGAUAAAUCUUCUAAUCAAUUAGGAGUCAGGAAGGGAUUUUCGAGGGCUAGGACUUCCUACGUUCAAAGUGAAGAGACUGAAUCAGAUUCUUCAGAUGAACUCAAAGAAGAUGGCCAUGGUUAUCCAUAUACAAGCAGGCCAGAAUUUCCAACCCCAGCAACAAGCAGGCCAGAAUUUCCAACCCCAGCAACCGAAGCCCGGCAGUCAGGAUUUGUUAAACCAGUUCUGAAUUAUAGAAAACCAAGUAAAGCUGCGAAAUCCAAUAGAAGGGAUCUUCCUCUUCCACUCGAUGGAGUCGUGACUGGCCACACAGCAGAAGAUGAGCCUAACUGUAAAACUGUCAAGCAGAAAGGUAAAACAAAUUAUAAAAGUUUCUUGCAUGGGGGUAAAUCUGCAAGGAAACACCAAGCAGUUCAUCUCAGUGAAGAGUUACAGCCUGCUUCGCUUGGUUCUCGUUCUGCAAACAGAAAGAGGAAACUUUCGGCAGAUAUACAUCACUCUUCUCAACGAGCAAAUGAAAUUUAUAAUCUUGGAAGCAGUAGUUUUCAUAAAGCCGAGGAUAAUUUUGAUGCAAAUACGCGCUUAUCGAAUAUUCAGAGUCAGGCAGAUGGAGCUGUAAACAAAAUCCAAGUUUUUAAUGAAUAUGCUUUGGAGAGUGGUGAUAUUCUGUUGAAGAAUAUAGGGAGGGAAGAAGAUGGGGGGUAUCAUGAGGAUCUGAACGAGCCUUCUUACCAACAGUUUAAUUCAAGGAAGCAAAUUGAUGACUCUUCUGCUACAAAAAGGAGAGGGAAAAGAAAAGCUGAUGCCAUUGCUGCCCCAUCCCCUCUGUUAUUAAUCCCUGAGCCAACGUUAUCGGAGAAGGUCGCAUCUGAGUUAGAUAUAGAUAUGAAGACGCAGAGAAAGUCCUUCACUCUGAUAACGCCCACCAUUCACACUGGUUUUUCCUUCUCGGUUAUACAUCUUCUUUCAGCUGUUCGGAAGGCCUUGGUUUCACCUCCUAUGGAAGAUAAUGCAGAGAUUGGUAAUCAUCUUGACAAGUUUAAAGCAGAGCCGAAAAGGUUACUACAUGUUGGCGACGACAUGCUUAUUUCUCAUUCUCAGGAUCAAAUGGCGGACAACAAUCUCGAGCCCGGCUGCCAUAAUAGUUUACCUUCUGUCAAAAUUCAGGACAUUGUCAAUCAUGUCAGAUCGAACCCUGGAGAUCCUUGCAUUCUCGAAACUCAGGAGCCUCUCCAGGAUUUGAUUAGAGGAGUCCUGAGAAUAUUUUCAUCCAGGACAGCGCCGUUGGGAGCUAAGGGUUGGAAGGCACUCGUAUCGUAUGAGAAAUCGAGUAAAAGUUGGACAUGGAUCGGUCCGCUUUCUUCGAUUUUAUCUGAUAAUGAUAAUGCGGAAGAAACUUCUGCCGAAACUUGGGGCAUUUCGCACAAGAUGCUCGUCAAAUUGGUCGAUGCCUUCGCUAACUGGCUAAAAAGCGGUCAAGAAACCCUCCAGCAAAUCGGAAGUCUUCCUGCGCCGCCUCCCAUGUUGCCCGUCUUGGACGAGAAGGAGAGAUUCAGAGAUCUGAGAGCCCAGAAGAGCCUCAACACCAUCAGAACAAGUUCUGAAGAAGUAAGAGCGUAUUUCCGGAAAGAGGAGCUCUUACGAUACUCGAUUCCAGACAGGGCCUUCCAGUACACCGCAUUCGACGGACGAAAAUCCAUCGUAGCACCAUUGAGGAGGGGCGGCGGCAAGCCGACUUCGAAAGCACGCGACCAUUUUAUGCUCAAGCCUGAUCGCCCGCCACAUGUUACUGUUCUUUGUCUUGUUAGAGAUGCGGCUUCCAGAUUGCCGGGAAGCGUUGGAACCAGAGCAGAUGUUUGCACUCUGAUCAGGGAUUCCCAGUACAUUGUCGAAGAUGUUACGGAUGCGCAGAUCAACCAAGUCGUCAGCGGUGCUUUAGAUCGUUUACAUUACGAGCGCGACCCCUGCGUACAAUUCGACGGAGAGCGGAAGCUAUGGGUUUAUCUCCACCGGGACAGGGAGGAUGAAGAUUUUGAGGACGACGGUACGUCAUCCACGAAGAAAUGGAAGAGACAGAGGAAAGAUGCGACUGAUAAUUCAGACGUAGCGGCGGUGAAUGAUUCGAACUACGCUGCAACCGGCGAUCCAACUGCUGUCGGUUCUUCUGGAUAUGAUUUCCAUCCUGAUCUUAAUGUUGGAGACAAUGGGGAGCUCGUCUACAGUGAUCUGAGGCCCACCAAGGAAAAUUUUCAGUCUUUUAUCCACACGUCGCAUCAUGCAGAUAGACGACAAGACAACUCCAUGAGUUGGGACGUACUUGGAGCUGAAAAUAGAAUGCUUUGUCAGGAGAACUCUACAAAUGAAGAUUUUGACGAUGAAUCUUUUAGCAGAGAUAGGACGGCUGGAUUUUUGGGCGGAAGCUUAUUGUGAAUUUCUUUUCCAUGAUCUCAGUUUGUGAGUUCAUGUUCCAGGAGUGAUCAGGGCCUCCAUUUAAGCAAGGAGGUCAUUGGUUCAGAGUCAUGGAGAAGGCUUGCAUAAAAUCAACCCCUCAUCAGACCCUAUAUUGGUGAUAUAGUAGCAUUGUGUGACUGAGAUAGAAUGCCAGCUCUGUGAUUCAAAGGAAACUAGUUUAAGAAGCUGGGAAAUUCAACAAUUCCGGCGCUCCUUCAAAGAAGCUGGCACAAGUUUACUACAUCCUGAAUAAAGUUCAAAUCCAUUUAUUUUGACUUGGAAAUUUUUACUUCCAGAUAUGCAGAAGUUUCAUAUCUGAUUCUUCUUCAUAUAUCUGAUUUCUGAAAUCCAAGCUGCUUCAGAUCUGAGCCAGCGGAAAUUUGUUCUACUGGGGAUGUUUCCUGGUGCAUAGUAGAAAUUUUGAAUCAUUUUAAUACUGUUUUUAGCAGUUUUUUCUUCUGAAUUUAUUGCUGGGGGUUUUCACUUGAGUCUAUUUUACUGGAAACAAUGUUGAUGAGCUUUUAUAUCAUGCGGUUCUGUCUUGUCUAUGACAAGGCUGUCAUUUUGUCUCCUGAUUUGAAUAGCAACUACAGGAGCACCAAAUUCUGGAAUAUAAAUAAAUU